UGUCAGAAACAUGACGAGACGUUUUCAGCAGCCGGUGAAACACCAGAGAGAGACUGAGCCACAGGAUGGCUGCUACUGCUGACUCCUCCGUCACAGCUCGGGUCACGUGUUUGUGAAACUAACUUGGAUUUUAAUGAGACGACGCCUGAGGAGGAGCGAACAGCCAAUCACAGGAGAGCACACCAGGUCUCCAUGGUGACCGCGGAUUGUUUGGGGAACGGCAGCCUCGGUGUCACACUUCCUGUUUGUUGUUUCCAGCUGGAGAUCAGAACAUUAGAGAGACGUGAUGGCGGGGACGUCGAGACACGAUCGAGAGAUGGCGAUGAACGCCAAGCGCCAACUGUCAGAGUGCUCGGACCCAGUGGAGAGACUCAGGCUGCAGUGUCUGGCCCGAGGAUCGUCUGGUAUCAAAGGUUUGGGCAGAACCUUUAAAAUAAUGGACGACGACAACAACCGCUCCCUGGAGCUGAAGGAGUUCCUGAAGGGUUUGAAUGACUUCGGGAUCCUGAUCGAGAAACAGGAGGCCACGGCUCUCUUUCAGCGCUUCGACCGCGACGGGAACGGGACCAUCGACUUCGACGAGUUCCUCAUCACUCUGAGGCCGCAGAUGUCUAAAGCCAGGAAGGAGGUGGUCAUGCAGGCAUUUCGGAAGCUGGAUAAGACAGGUGACGGGGUGAUCACCAUCGAAGACCUGCGGGGGGUUUAUAACGCCAAGUACCACCCGAAGUACCAGAACGGGGAGUGGACAGAGGAUCAAGUCUUCAGGAAGUUCCUGGACAGCUUUGACUCUCCGUACGACAAAGAUGGAAAGGUGACCAAAGAGGAGUUUGUCAACUAUUACUGCGGAGUCAGCGCCUCCAUCGACAGUGACGUCUACUUUAUUCUGAUGAUGAAAAACGCCUGGAGGCUCUGAACACAAAGGACACUGACAAACUGCUCAGCUGCUCCCAGCUGUAAUUCACUGUUAGAUCAUUCUCUGUAUGACGUUAGCACUGUAGUUUAAAGGCAGAUCAUCAUCAGGUCUGAUGUGUUGUAGAUGAUCACAGGGCAACAACAUCACUUCUUAACUGUCUUGUUUUAUUACAUGCAACACCGUCAGCUCUGUUUAAAUAAAGAACAUGUUGUACAAUCAGACGUUACGGUGUAGUACACACAGCUGAAAUAUUACAAUCAGACCGGAGAGGAAAUAAAGUGUACAUUCUGUGUUUGUCUUUCAGCCGUCGCUGUGAGGAAACAUGAGGUGUAGGUUGUGUCAGAUACAUGAAGAAGCAGCAUGGUGCUUGGUGUGGGGUCAGGUCGCUGCAGCAGCACGUGUCACCUGUC